CGCGAUGGAGGCGCUGCUGGCCCUGGCCAACUGGAGCACCCUGCUCGUGUGCAUGGUGCUCAAGCUGCCGCAGGUGGUGGCCGUGCUGGCUGCCCGCUCGGCGCGCGGCCUCAGCCCGGAGAGCCUGCUGCUGGAGCUGAGCGGCUUCCUUGUGUUUCUAAGAUACCAGAGUUACUACAGUUACCCCCUAGAGACUUAUCUGGAGUACCCCAUCCUAAUUGCACAAGAUGUCAUUCUCCUGCUCUUUGUUCUGCAUUACAGUGGCAACAUGAAGCAAACUUUGCCUUACAUAGUCAUAUUUGUGGGAGGAUGGUACUUUCUAACUCUACAGAAAUGGAUAAUAGACCUGGCCAUGAAUUUGUGUACGUUAAUCAGUGCAGCAAGUAAAUUUGCUCAGCUGCGGUGUCUGUGGCAGACAAGAGAUUCCGGACAAGUGAGUGCCUUGACCUGGAGUAUGUCUGCAUACACAUGUGCAACAAGAAUAGUUACAACUUUAAUGACCACAAAUGAUCUUAUGGUUCUAGUCCGUUUCAUAAUCAUGCUGGUUCUUAAUAUAUGGGUCACAGCCACAAUAUUGCGUUACCGGAAGACUGAAAAGACUGAUUAGAUGACAGCUUCUCUCCAGCUGCAACAUAUGUCAAACACUUUGGACCAAAAAAUACAGUAGAACCUGAACAAGAGACUUCCAUGUCCAGGCAGCCUUCUGUAUGCCACCUGCCUCAUAUUAUCCCUUAAAAGAUUAAGUACAAUGUUGCUUAUGUUUUAUUACGAUUACUACUACUUAAAGCAUAUUUUAUUAGAAGUAAAUUUUAUUGGUCAUUUAAAAUGGGUUUCAGUGGUAACUGAUAUUUUCUCUGGGGGUUUUUUUUUUUUCCCCUUCUUCUUCUUCUUCCAUAUUUUGUACUAUGUAGAUUCCUAUGGUUUUUAUUCCUGGGGGAAUUCUGUGCCUAAAAAUUCUGUGCACAAUAUUUUAAAAAUUCUGCAUAUUUUAUUUGUUAAAAUAACACUAUAUAAUCACGCCGGUUUCAAUUAUUUUGGUAAUUUAUUUCAAAAUACCUGUCAGCAACUAUGUCAGUACCAAUAAAGAUGACAAAAAAGAUUCUCCCAGGAGUAGAGAGUUAAAAAACCCCUAUGACAACCCAGUUUCCGUUUCUCUGCCCCCUCCACCUCCGAGCCCAGCCACAGGGCCAGACACCCCCAUACAACUCCCCUCAGCCCAGACAUCUGCACUCCUCUCCACCAGAGCCCAGUGGGGGCACCCACCAGCCCAAAUAUCAACCCCCCCCACCCCCAGAGCCAGAAACCCGCACCACCACCCCCCCACCCCCAGGGCCAGGGCACCACCCUGGUCCAGACACUUGCACUCCCUAUCCCCCCAGGACCCAGCUGCAGGGCCAGACAUGCAUGACCCAGACACUCACAUCUCUCUCCUCAGAGUCCAGUCGCAGGGCCCCCAAUCCAGAAACCCACACUCCCUACCCUCCAGAGAUCCAGAGAGAGAAACAGCUUGAUGCUGGAUUCCAGACUCAUACAAGAAACUCCAUACACCACCUCCUUCCUUCAGGGCAUGCUGGGAACUGCAGCUGCUGAGAACCCUCCAGCUCCAUUCCUGUCCCCCUGGCAGUGUCUUCUAUUUGUGAGCUGGGCUCUGCCAGGUCUAGUGGGGCUCUGCAGUGCUAAUUCUGCAGGGGAAAGAAAUUCUGCAUAGAACAGUAAUUCUACGCAAAUUCUGCAUUGCGCAGUGGUACAGAAUUCCCCCAGGAGUAGUUCUUGUAACACUCCAGUUCUUUACAGAUUAAGGGUAAUCUUUUCAGCAGUUUUCUUCACUUAUAAAGGCAUAGUUUUGUAUCUCCAAAUUAUUUUGAUUUUCUUUUUGCAACUGUAUGAUUACAACUCAUUAGUAGAUGCCUAUCUUUUUUUACAAACAGGUCUGUAGUUAGAUAUCUAACUACCAAUGGAGUCUGCAAAGAAGGAAGCCAACUGAAAAUCUGGCCCUAAAUUUGUAAUUCAUCUGUAGUAUCAGAGCAAGCUAAGUUUGCCACACCCAUAGUGAAUAUAUCAAAUGCUCCUUUCAUCCAAUUAAAAAGCUUAUAUCAUCAUACAAAACACUCAUAAGUCAGCUGUUUCUGACUAACCCAUCUUUAUUGAGAUAAAAGCAGAAGUGCACCUAUUAACCUUUUAUGGACCUUUCAGUCCUUCAUCUCUAACCCAUUCUCAUUCGGUGGGUGUUCAGCUGCCCUCUAGUAAUGGCUGAGCUACACAGAGAGGUUAAUGCGUAACAAAUCAGGUUCCUCUGGGAUGUCCUCUCCUGGUUAGCAGUGGCCCUGCAGGUGCACCAACAUCCGUUUCUCCAUCCUAAGGUUCUUCAAACUCUACCUUCACUCUUUAGUCCAAUAAUGCCCUGGUUGUAAUCUAAUUUAUUAGUGUAAAUGCUUCAAAAUACCCCCGAAGUCACAAAGUAUAAUCCAUCACCAGAAUACAAAAGCUAGGCUCUUCUUCAGCCUCCCUCUUUGAUCAGAGCAGGGGGUGCUCAGCAUUCUCCCCAUUGUCCUCUAGCUAACCCUCUCCCUUCCUCCCACCACAAAUGAAGUGUCCACCCACCCUUGGCUUAAUGAAAGUGCAAGAUAACUAAGGACCACCCAUCCUGGGCUUAAAUUCUGAGUCCAACCCUGGGUUUUCCCCCAGCUCAGGAUUAGUCCCUUGACCCUUCCUCCCCACCAAGCUCAAAGAGUCAGCAAGCAAACUUCCUUCUACUGGUCUCCUGGCCCAGAGCUUUCCCAGCUCCCUGACUGGAACACUGGCCUGUCUGGAUUUACCUUCUCCCUUGGCUCAAACUCAGCGGGUAAAUUUUUUCUGCUCCUCUCUGGCCCUGAGCUUUUACCAGCUCCCUUCCUUCAUCAGCUCUUCACUACUGCUUCCUUGGGGAACUGCAGCAGCUCACUCUCACUGUAGGGACUUUCUACCAGCUGCCUCUUAUUGUCUCCUUUUCCAAACUUCUGCCAGACUCAUUUUAUAGACCAGGUGUCGUCUCUCCAGUCCCAUUAGAAGGCAGUUAUCCAGGCACAGGUGGAUUAGGCCUGCUCCUUUUUAAAGGGCCAGUACUCCAGCUCAAGGAGUCUGCUACAGUCUUAGCGAACAUAGAGCUCAGGCACUAGAGGCUUCUGUUUUAAGAUCCCAAUGAUGCCAGGUUCGAUCGCCACUGCUGAUGACUCACCUCGGUGCAGGACAUUACACAACCACAGGCAAACUCUCUCUCAUAUGGGCUCACCUACUUUCUAACAGAAUCUGAUGUAAUUCCUUCUGCUAUAUGGUUCUGCAAGUUUUCUGGGUUGUAAGAUGCAAAUGAUGUACUUGAGGUUUUACUUUUACAUUCCACUCAUAAUGUGCUUUGUAGUACAGCAAAAUAUCAGGUUUAUUAAAAGAGAGAUGUUUGCAUAAUUAUUAGCAGUGACUUGUGACAUUUGUCUGGUGGGAAUUAAUACUACAAUGUUUCCAACCAGCAAUUGUUAUAUAUUAUUCUGACAUGUAGCUUGCCUUGUUUUCUCCCAAAAUUACAUUCUUCAGGUAGAAAAGCAUCCUCUUUUCAAAAGAGCUUCUACACCGUUAUUGAUUUAGUCUAUCGAUCACUAGGGGAUGAAGGCCUGGUCCCAUUUAAUUCAACAAGAUCAGGAUUUCACCCCAGUGUGUGAAAUCAUAGGCAUUAAUCCAGCAAUUAGAUCCACAGAAGUAAACCCAUGUACCUUCAAUGUGAGCCUGAGGGUCUGCUUCCACAGAUCAGAUUGCAGGAUCAGGACCCCCAGUUCCAUAAAUUACAGUAAAUUCAUAAUAUUAAAGUAUUUUUUGCCAACCCUACAGGUAUUUUUAAUGCCUUUCAUUAUAUUUCAAAAUCAAUUACUUGGCAUUGACUUAAUGGAGCAAAUGCAAAGGUAGAUUUUUAGCUUUAAACAGUCUGUACAAAUUUUCAAAAGUUUCUCUGUUGGCUGUGCAAAGUGUGACUAUUUAAAAAAGCAUUUAAAAAAUCUUUUCCUACUAGGUAAAAACUGCAUAAAACAAACUUAAAUGUGUAAAGAAGCAUCAGUUUUCCUGUUCUAUAGUGGCACAAGAAAAAUGUCAUUUUCAGCUAUUUUUGUUAAUAUAUUAGACAUCUUACACUGGAUUUUUAAUAAAAUGUCCCAUUUCUGCAAUAAAAAAAGCAACUUUUAUGA